AUGGGUGACGGCACCAGCAGCAGCAAUGCUUUCUUGAGGAAUCUGUCACAGAAAAAGUAUUCUUGGAUGCAGCCAUCAGCACAACUUUCUCCUGCUACCAACACAACGACAACACCAGCAACAGCAACAGCGACAACAGGAGCGGCAGCAACAACAACAACGCCAGCCGAUGCAUCAUCGUCAACUAGCACCAAUGCAACCGCAUCAGCAUCCGCCAGCAAAAAAGAGACGAUUAAUGACUCCAAACGAGCAUCGUCAGAAGACGCCAAUCGAGUAUCGAAGAAGCCACGACAUACAGGAAAGCGAUCAGUUGAAGACGAGAGUCGUAAACAGGUGUCAGGAAGAUCCAACGGCAAUAGUAGCUCAUUAUCACCUGCUGCUGCUGCUACCACUACCAACACUACUACUAUGACCACAGCCAGCAACAACAAUCCAGCUGCCACAUCAUCAUCUAAUAUCACUCCUUCACGAUCACCUUCACCAACAUUGGAUUUACCGGCAUUGGAUGAUGAUGCUUUGCUUGCACCUCGUCGCAACCGUGUCAAGCGUUCACAACCACGUUUCAGAUACACAAGUUUCCCUGUCAAAGGAUUCAGCAUCUUGCCUACGCGAAAUAUCACGAGUGGAUUUGAUAAAACCGACACAUCCUAUUUCCCAGGCAACAAGGCUGGAUCCUCAUCCAUUGCACCCAAUCCUGAGGAAGAGUGGCGUGAUACAAUCAUUAUUCAUCCUGGAUCUCGUAAUCUACGCAUUGGUCGAUCAUCGGAGGCAUUUCCUAGAACAGUUCCUCACGUGAUUUCACGACGUGUGCAUGAAAAGAAGAUCAACAACAACAACAACAAGAUCAACGCUGAUGUAUUGGAUUUUACCGAUCGACCACGAGGAGAAGAAGCCUUGGCUGAAAUCCGAAACGAGCUCAAAUGGCGUAUGAAAGCAGCAAAGCGACGUGCCGUUCCCAAUGCAGAUGUUCAGGUGGUCAGCUUCAACUCACAGGCCGUGCAUGAGACUAUACCCGAUCACAAUGAUCCAUACAAGGUUGAAUGGACUGAAGUACCAUCCAAAGGUGCCGCCAGCCACUUUGUCGGUGAUAAAGCGCUCAAUUUGCCCAUUGACAAGCAUCCCGAAUACCAAUUGUUCUAUCCUUGGAAACAUGGAUCACUCAAUCAUCAGGACUAUGAUUCGAUCGAGGCAGUGCUAGGCGACCUGCAGACCAUUUGGACCGAGACUAUUCGAUCAGAGCUGGAUAUUGAGGAUAAAACAUUUGAGAACUUCAACGUAGUGCUGGUCAUACCUGAUGUUUUCAGUCGUCGUUACACAUCCGAAUUGCUUACCAUGCUGUUACGACAUAUGAAGUUUAGAGGAGCUUUGGUACAACAGGAAUCGAGUUGUGCCACAUUCGGUGCUGGUGUAUCGAGUGCCUGUGUUGUGGAUGUGGGAGCACAAAAGACUACCAUUGCUUGUAUUGAGGAUGGUGUAUGCUUCCCUGACUCACGGAUGACAAUUGCUAUGGGAGGUGAUGAUAUUACAAAGACAUUUGCAUCGUUCCUUCUCGCCAACAAGUUUCCAUAUGGAGAAAUGGACUUGAGCCGUGCCUAUGACUGGCGACUUGUGGAAGAGCUCAAGGAAAAAUGGUGCACCAUGAACGAAGCUGAUAUCAGUGUCCAAGUCUAUGAUUUUUUUGUACGAGCACCAGAUCAUCCCACCCAAAAGUAUCAAUGCAAGGUCUAUGAUGAAGUAUUCUUGGCCCCAUUGUGUCUCGUAUACCCGGGUAUUCUAGAUGCAAGGGAUAAGACGGCGAAUAUCAAGGAGUGGUCAAGCACCAAUGUGAUUGAUGAUAUUACAGAUGAGGCAAAUACAACAACCCAAACCACUGUACCUACUGUAUGGCAACCACAGACCCUUGCUGCUCAACUCGCUCCUGAAUCAUCAACAGUAUCAUCAUCCGAUACACCCACCGCCAAUAAUACUCCUCAGUACUCAACAUCUACCCCUACCCCUACCACAAACGGCAACACACCCUCAUCCUCAACCUUUGUUACGCCAUCAGCUACUCCUGCACCUACAACAACAUCCACUACUGUGGAACGAUCCAAUCUCUUUGACGUUUAUCCGGUGGACAUCGCUAUUGCAAAGUCGAUUCAAGCCGCAUCAGGAAUGUCAGAUGAUCGACUCAAACGUUUCUUUACCAACAUCAUUCUUGUGGGUGGUGGCGGCAUGAUUAGCAACUUUAAUCGGGUUUUGGAAGAUCGGGUGUUUUCGACUUUUAUUGCACAGCGAGCGGCCAUUGAGCGAGUGGAAGUGCUACCUGCCCCACGUGAAUUGGAUCCUCGUUUAUUGAUGUGGAAAGGUGCUUCGGUGUUGAGCAAACUGGAAACUGCCAAGGAGAUGUGGAUCGGUGAACAAGAAUGGUCCGAAAUGGGGUCUCGCUGUCUACGUGAGCGUGCAUUGUUUACCUAG